CCGCGGGGAUGGCUCCGGUCGUGGAGGUGUCGGACGCCGGGCAUUGCCGUUCGUUACUGGUGGAGUUAAACGAGCAACGGUUGAGGGGCCAAUUCUGUGACGUCACCAUCAUCGCCGAGGACACCAAAUUCGCCCAUAAAAACGUCUUGGCCGCAUCCAGCCCCUUCUUCAAACAAGCUUUGGCCGAAGAACCCACCUGCCACCCUGCCCAAGUUUUGGAGCUUCCCGGUGUCCAAGCCGGCGUCUUCUCCGACGUCCUCAACUUCAUCUACAACUCCCGCUUGGCCGUCCCGUCGCAGGCAGCUGCCCGCGAGUUGGGCGCCGUUGGCCGACGGUUGGGUAUCUCUUGCCUCCAAGGGUUGGAAGUGGGGACCCCCAAGGAGAUGAACGGAUCUUGGACCCCCCCCGUGACGGGGGAUCCCCGCUCACCCGCCGCCCCGGUUGAUUUAACCUGCCCGCCGCGGUCAAGCGAUACGCCGGCGGUUGCCGAACCGGUGACGGCGUCGCCGUCAUCGGCGGCGGCGGCAUCGUUGCGUUGCGGGUUGUGCGGUCGAGGGUUCAGCACGGCGGCGGCGUUGGGAUUACACGCCAAACUUCACCGUGGGCGCCGGGGUUUGGCGUGCCGGCAUUGCGGCAAGAGCUUCAUCCACGUCAAGAGGUUGCAAACCCACGAGGUCCUCUGCAAGGACGGCCAUCGCGACGGUGACGCCGUCGCCACCAACACCGCCACGCCGACACCGAAACAAGGCAAGAAGGCAUUGCUGUUGCGUCACCGGGCGUUGGAGUUGAUCCCCGAGCAGGAACCGGUGGUGAAGGUGGUGGACGGGCACGUGGUCUACCUGUGCGGGGUUUGCCAACGCUCCUACAUGACGCUCUCCAGCCUGAAGCGUCACGCUAACGUCCACUCUUGGCGACGCAAGUACCCUUGCCGUUAUUGCGACAAGGUCUUCGCUUUGGCCGAAUAUCGCACCAAACACGAGGUCUGGCACACCGGCGAACGCCGCUACCAGUGUAUCUUCUGUUGGGAGACCUUCGUCACCUACUACAACCUCAAGACCCACCAGAAAGCCUUUCACGGCAUCAACCCGGGGCUCAUCUCCUCCGAGAAGACGCCCAACGGCGGCUACAAGCCCAAACUCAACGCCCUCAAGCUCUACCGGCUCUUGCCCAUGCGGGCGCAUAAGCGACCCUACAAGACCUACAGUCAAGGCUUGGUGGCUGAUGGGAUCCUCUUGCCGACGGCCAAUCCGGUAGAGCCAUCGGCGACCGUCGGCGCUUUCCCAUCGCCAAGACCCGAACCGGCGUCGGUCAUUGCCUACGGGCGACCGUCAGCGUCGGUCAUCGUUCAUAGCGGGGCGGCGGCCGCUUCCGUUAUCGCCUAUAAUGGGAGGGCGGGGGAGGCAGCAGCGGUGCCGGCGGUGCCGGCGGCACCGGCGGCGGCGCCAGCGGCCCGGCCGAUGAAGAAACAGGUGUUGCGGGAUUACAUUGAGGCGCAGCGAGCGGCUGGGGAGGCGCCGGUGGGUGAUAGUGGGACGGCGCCGACAACCCAACCGUCACCCGCCGCCGCCGGCACCGGUUCCACCACCACCGCCAGCCGUACCAUGACCUACGUGGCCAAACCGGCUUACGUGGGGACGGCGGGGGAGAGCCGGGCGGCGCCGCUUUGCCAAAUCACCGUCCGUAUUGGCGAGGAAGCCAUCGUCAAGCGGCGCAUCUCCGAGACCGACCUCCGGUUGGAGACCACCGGCACCGGCACCGGCACCACCGCCUCCCCGACUGCUCACCGUCGCGCCGCCGCCACUGCCGCCUGUUCCCGCCGGAGCGGUGACGAUGACAGCGAUGCCGAGACCUUAUAG